CGAUGGCAGUAAACUUUUAUUAGGCUUGAUUGUAUGUACUACAGUUUGCAACCAAUCAACUAACUAUCUGAUCAAAAAGCGCUUCAGUCUUUUGUUUUUGUCGGUAAGGCCAUUAAUCCACUAGACUGGAUAAGUCUUUAACGACCCGUAGCAUCGCAUCUUCUGAAUAACAUCUGGCCGCCUGUCUUCUAUUUUCUUGAUUCCCUCCCGCAAUUAGGGAGAGAGCAAGACUAUAACCUCUUUUUCCUAAUAGUUGCAGUCAAUUUAAUAACAUUACAAUGAGUGAAAUAAAUGCAAGAUAUUUUCUAUUUAUUUUAAAUUGAGACUUUUUUUAAUUUCAUCCUAAAUUAAAUUGAUAUUAUUUAAUAAACAUAUUUCUGUUAAAGAACGAUUAUUUCUAUUUUACAGAUAGACUUGUGAUCAUGGAUCCUGUAAAUGUUCCAUAUGUCAAGAAUAGUGUAAAAUUAAAUUGAAAGCAGCAAUAAAUAAGAAGUUAUCGUAAAAUGAGUUGCAAAAUUUUACGGAGAUAACUUACAUACGAACAGUGCGAGUUAUAUUUAAGGCUUCGACACAAUGGCAUUAAUUACCUAUCUCAUAAAUAUAUAAAAAAAUAUAACAGACAACAUUAUAAUUUUAAUUUUGAAAAUUUUAUAUUUGAAUGAUAUUAAAAGAUAUAUUUUUUCAUUGUUCCAGAUUCCUUGCCAUCUGGUGGCCAUUAAAAUGCCAGAUCACCAAACGCCGUGCUAGAAUGAUGAUCGUCUUCAUCUGGAUCUUCGCCGUACUCGUCACUACACCCUGGGUCUUCUUCUUUGACCUUGUCGUGGUCUUUGAGGAUGACCCUAACGUCCGUCUAUGCCUCGACGUGUGGCCCAACCCCAUUAGCGAAAUUCUCUACUUCGUCAUAGGAAAUCUCAUCUUCUGUUACAUCCUCCCCACGGUCCUUAUCACCAUGUGCUACAUCCUAAUCUGGAUCAAAGUCUGGAGGCGAUCCAUCCCAACGGACACACAAGAUGCGCAAAUGGAAAGGAUGCAGCAGAAAUCCAAGGUUAAAGUUGUUAAGAUGUUGGUCGCCGUCGUGAUCCUCUUCGUGCUGUCAUGGUUCCCUCUAUAUCUGAUCUUUGCGAGGAUAAAACUAGGAGGUCCCAUCCAAAAGUGGGAAGAAGACAUGUUCCCAGUUGUGACACCUUUAGCGCAAUGGUUGGGGUCUUCGAAUUCAUGCAUAAACCCUAUACUGUACGCUUUCUUCAACAAGAAGUACAGGAAAGGCUUUGUCGCUAUCAUCAAGAGUAGGAAGUGCUGUGGACGGCUACGUUACUACGAGACCAUCGCGCUGCAGUCUUCAAGUACAUCGACGAGGAAGUCAUGGCAUUAUAACAACAACAACCAUCCGUCGAUCACUCGUAGGUCACCUCCGGUCGAUAAGAACGCGGUAUCUUUCAUAUUCAAUCACACCGGAGUGUAAGGCCGUGCUGGCGCAACCUUGGAACCGGUUCUUCAAUGAGCUACUCGGCUCCGCGUGUGGCAUACGGCCCGCGCUCGCGUCGCGUAACUACGCAUCUGAGCAUAUCCACACAUACGAAGUUUUAUAAUGAUCGAAGGUAUGUUUUUUAAGUUUGAUGUUGUCUUGUUCAAGAACCAAGUUUUUGAUCUACGUGACUCGAUCCUAGUAACUAUUAAGUGAACAUAAUUAUGUGGAUGUUUUUUCUAGUAAGGUGAUGUGUAACUUUUAUACGUAAGACGGUUAAUGUGUUGUAAAGUUUUAUUUUUACACAGAUUGUAAUACUGUUUAGUGGUUGAGUGGAGAACGCACAUAGCGCACAAAUGUUUUAAGCAAAUGGUGUUAUUUUACGCAUCCUGUUUUUGUAUGUUUUCACAGGUUUAGUUUUCAAAAUUUUAAUGUUUAAAAAAAAAUAAUAAAUCCCAAAAAAAUAUAUACUUACACAAAUAAUACUACAGUACAAACAUAAUUUGUAGGAAAUAAGCUUAUCAAAUUUUAAUACUUAAUAACAUAAUUACAGAUAUAUAGCAUUUACAUCACUCGCAGUUAAUCACGAAGUUUUUAAGAUUUCAAACAUUUGAUAAAUAAAGUUAAAUAAUCAUCUUAUUUAUCUAUAUUGCUUAUGCAUUAC